GCCUACUGGUAAAAUGCACACGAAGACGGUACUCCAGGCAUAGCGAAACUCAGUUGGUUUUACACUAACCGAAAAGGUUUGGGAACCACUGCUCUAGCAGCACAGACGUGAAACGAACUACCCCAUCUCUCAGUCGGUGAAGUAGGCAACAAGAGACGCUGCUGAAAGUGUUUUGCUAGAUGCUGGACGAGGCAAUUUUAAAACCGCCCCGCGACAGCGGUCGUGUCAACAGAUUUCCAAAAACAAACAAUAUCCGACUCUCGGAGAAUGAGUGCACAACUGGUAAAUAGUCGCUUAUAUACAGGAUACGCAGGGGUGAAAGUACUCUGGUACGGCACCACAGUCAAAUAAAUAGUUGGGGUACGCCGUACCAAUAAUACACGAGCCUAUCACUAAACAGAAUGUAAAGAAAAAUGUAGGCUAUUACACUAUUUUUUUAUCAUUACCGCAUGAAAAUGAGCAAUUGGACUUGAAAACGGAUAUAGCCUACGCACCCAAAUGCGAUGUGGUUCGACGAGGAUAUUUAACAUUUUUCCAAGGCAGAGAUUAGGUGCCGCCACCGAGACGCGUGCGUACAGCAGUAGAUUCUGGCCAAAUGUCAUUGCACUUUUUGGUGUUUUGUGUAACAUGCCUAUUUCCAUUUACCACUGUUUGGAGGCUGGAAAUAUGUUGCGAGUGGUCGAACGUGCGCGGGUAGCCUAGUAAAUGAGCCGUUUGAAGUGAUUGUUUGACAAUCAGAUAACAUCAUGACUGGUUGUGUUUAUGCCACGGUAAAAUGUAAUACGUUAAAAAAAAAGACAGAUCUUUACGACUAGGCCCACAGAGAUGCUAUUGAAUGAAUCGGGAUUACAUAUGUAAUUCUUCCCAUACCGGGAAUAAAUUAAAUCUACCUUCACCCCCGUAGGUCAAUCCAGUGGCUAGCUGCCAACAUAUAUUUCUAUUGCAGUAACGUUGAAGGGCUUUGGCUAGUAUUACUUAAUCCGUUAGAAGGAUGAAGUAUGUCUAACGUUAAAUGGCGCAUACCUCAGCGGGAGAAAAAAAGACUCUAAAUUCUCAUAACUUUACUUUACAGAAAGUAGGCUACAGUGAUGUGGGCAUGUUGUGCUCAUUGGUGAGGUUGAGGCAGCAAUGCAUGCAGAGGAGACGGUUUAGUACAGUGAUGCCCAAACUUGGUGUCGGGGCCCCAUGUGUGGUCCCCUGAGAAACCGGGUUAAACAAAGAACUUAAAUAUCUCCACAUGGCCCAUCUUCCUUAUAGGCAUACAUUAAAAUGCAAUCAAUACAGCUCUAAAAAUGUCCUACGUAUUUGUUUCCGCGCUAAUGCUACAUGUCAGUGUGAAUAAUUUCUCAUAUUUCCGCCGUUUCAGGGCUAUAACAUUACAGCUGUAUAGCUAAUAGGCUAUGUGUUUGUAGUUCAACUGAGGUGAAUUAACCUAUGGCAGUCUAGGUGAUAAUGGCUGGGAUAAUUUUUUCUUGUUUUUGUUCUCCAAAUAGCGUUUUUAAAGUUUUUUAAUUGUUUAGAAAUGCAGUUAAGCUGACAACUGCAAUGCAAUGGCAGUAAUGGAAAAUCUCUUCUGACUUGCCCUUCGUAAAGAUGGGGAUCUGAAAGAUUGUGGAGGCAAUUUAUCCUGCUCGUCAAAUUGUUUUUUCCAGGCGGAUGUCUUGGACUGAAGGAGAGUGUAUCUGAAAUCUGCAAGGCUGUUGGGAUCUCCUUACGGAUGGGUGUGGGCAAAGUCUCUCCCCUUACGCCGCUGAGCCGUCCUACUUGGAGUCCCCUCCACGUCCAUCUCCAUCCCAUUUAGCCACAGUAGCCAUAUCCUGAUCGCUGGCUCCAAGAUGGAUCCUUUGGGAACAAUGCACUUCACCACUAUCGACUAUGUCAUAUUUGCCCUUUUGCUGGUGGCAUCCAUGGGCAUAGGGCUGUAUUACGCCCUGUCAGGGGGUCGACAGCGCACCACUCAGGAGUUCCUGCUAGCGGACCGGAGCAUGAGCUGCCUUCCUGUAUCCCUGUCACUUAUCGCUACAUUUCAGUCAGCGGUGGCUAUAGUGGGCGUGCCGGCAGAGAUCUAUACCCAUGGCACUCAGUACUGGUUCAUAGGCUGUGCUUACAUCUUGGGCCUAUUAAUUCCAGCACAUGUUUUCAUUCCUGUGUUCUACAGGCUGCAUCUUACCAGCGCUUACCAGUAUCUGGAACUGCGCUUUAGCAAACCAGUGCGUAUCUGUGGAACACUUACCUUCAUCUUUCAGACAGUCAUCUAUAUGGGUGUUUGUGUGUACACUCCGGCCCUAGCACUCAAUGCAGUUACUGGCUUUGAUCUAUGGGGAGCAGUACUGGCCACUGGACUGGUGUGUACACUGUAUACUACUCUGGGAGGCCUGAAGGCAGUGAUCUGGACAGAUGUCUUCCAGACCAUAGUGAUGUUUGCUGGCCAGCUGGCGGUCAUCGUGGUGGGGGUCCAGCAGACUGGAGGGUUAGCAGAGGUCUGGAGGAGGGUCUGGGAAGGGAACCGUAUCUCUGGCAUAGACCUGAAUCCUGACCCUACGGAGAGGUACACGUUCUGGACCCUGGGGGUGGGAGGGGUCUUCCUGAUGCUGUCUCUGUACGGGGUGAACCAGGCCCAGGUCCAGAGAUACCUCAGCUCCAAGACCGAGAGGGAAGCCAUCAUGUCUUGCUACAUGGUGUUUCCCUCUCUACAGGUAGCUCUAGCUCUGAGCUGUGUCAUGGGGCUGGUCAUGUUCGCACGUUACUGUGGGGAGGACCAAUUUCACAAAAUAGGCAACUUAUCAAAAAAUGAGAUGGUGUUAUACUUUGUUAUGGACAUGCUGCAGGAUAUACCUGGUCUGUCUGGACUGUUUAUAGCUUGCUUAUUUAGUGCAGCUCUCAGCACCAUCUCGUCAGCCUUUAACUCUCUGGCCACAGUGACCUUGGAGGACCUGAUCAAACCACACUGCUCAUCCAUGACAGAGGCAAGGGCCACCCUGCUUUCCAAGGGACUGGCAUGUUCAUAUGGACUGAUUUGCCUGGCUAUGGCCUAUUUAACCCACUUGAUGAGUGAUUCCGUUUUGCAAGCUGUUUUCAAAAUCUUUGGAAUGGUUGGUGGUCCUCUUCUUGGCAUCUUCUGUCUCGGGAUGUUCUUUCCUUGGGCUAACUCUACUGGUGCCCUGGCAGGUUUGGGGUCAGGCCUGGCGAUGGCCUUCUGGGUGGGCAUCGGGAGCAUCGUAACCCGUACCUCUGGUGGUUCUGCUGCUGUGUCUCAUUUCAACUGCACUGCUGUACAACUCUCAGGAAACAUCACCACAGCCAUAGGGACUGCACUCAAUAGUACUGCUGUGCCUACUAGUACAUCCAGCCAACCAAUGGGUCUGCAGAGAUUCUACUCCUUAUCCUUCAUGUGGUACAGUGCUCUCAGCUCUUUCACUGUGGUGAUCACAGGGUUGAUCGUUAGCUUUCUCACAGGACCAAUGAAAGAGGAGGAUGUGACCCCAGAUACUCUGUAUCCUCUGUUGGGCAACAUGCUGUUCUUCGUACCAGAAAACCUCAAACAGAAUCUGUGCUGCGCCACCCCACUGGGGCACAGGCCAAUCAUCCAGGAAUGUCCACCUGCACAACACAAGGAAAGUAAUGUUCAGGCCGUCUACACAGAAGAAGAAGAGGAGAGGCAGAACUUUCUACCCACUUCCACCACACCUGUUAUGGAACACGAGACAACUGUGUGAUGCACAGAGACACUUGCAUAACCUCAUGUUAUGUCGUGGCCCACGGGGCAGUGAAAUGGUCCACACCAUUUCAUGUCACUGUUUUUCACAGAGGACCUGUUCUUUUGAGGAGAUGAUGCUCUGAGGGGAGAAGUGUUGUCGGGAGUGACUCUUAUUUUAAAGCUUUGCUCCAGCUUCAGGUUUAUAAUUUAAGUGACUGGAUAAAAAAUGCACUGGUACUGUAAAUGUAUAUUGUACAUGACGCAUGGCAAGACCAAAUGAACGUAGAGUAUUACGUAUUCUGGAAAUCAAAAAGAUAAACCCGAGGCCAUAUUAUCUAGUUCUGAGGAAUUCAGAUUUGAAUGGACCGGAUGUAUAAAUGCAAAAAAUCCGGUUUAUGUUUCCACUCAUUACCAAAUAUGGUGAUAAGAGGAAACCCAGUGGGCGGCAGUGGGAGAAGAAGGAUUUUUGCCGAUUUUUGCCAAUUUUCAACGACCAAACAUUUUAUCUCCAUACAGUUUUCUGUUUCUAAAACUACAAUCUGUACCCAACUGAGAGGACUGCAUUUUGUAGACUUUACCCUUUGCCAAAGUUUGAAAAAAGUUGUUUAGGAGUGCAAGGGUGAAUUGAGUUAUUAUUGCACACCCACACUUUAGAAUAGGCAUUCCCUAACAGAAAUAUGAAAAUUAAUGCUAGAACGUGCCAAUAGGAUCUCACUAGCUUGUGCUUGGCUCUUCCCACCUCCUUGCUUGUCCUGCCCACUAUGAUUAAUUUGCUCCCAUUGGAAACUACAGGCUCUGUUCGAUCUUGGGUUAGUUAUAUCUUUGAUAUCACUAUGCUGCUGUCAAUGAGAAAAUAUCUUUAUUUGUGGAACUGAGUAGUUGUUCUUUCAAUAAUGUGUUCCAGUGAACAACUUUGUCAUGUUGGCCUGUUGUGUCGAAGCAGAAAAUAUUUUUUGUAAAGUUUUACUGAGAUGUUUGUUAGAAAAAAACAUUAAAUAAACAUUUCAAUGUAUUUCAGCUUUCACAGUCCUUUACUGCUGUUGAUAAUUUCUUUAUUAGGAACAGUAUAAUUAUCUAUUCGUUCUUUUGUGUAAAGUUGAGUUGGCAGGGAAAGGCAGUGUUCCUGAAUAUCCAGUGAUUAGGAGACUCGGAUGUGAUGAAGUUGGUAGAGAUGAAUGAGGGGGAGAGGAAGCCUGCCCUCUUGGAGGUAUGGUACAUCAUCACAUAUCUGGCCAAACAAAGACAACAUGGGGACAAAAAAACAACAAGGGAAGAAAUUAUAUUGAUAUCGCCAGAAAUUGUUAAAAGUUUGUAAUAAACAUUGGAAAUCUUUCUCACCACAGCUCACAAUAAAAACUGCAAUUCAGUCAAGACAAAUGUGCGGACAAUGCUACAUCAACCCUAUACAGUACAGCAUUGGUAUAAUAACAACCCUCAUUGUGGAGCCAAAACACAAUGUUGAAGGGAUAGUUAGCCCAAAUUAUUUCCGUUAGAUGGUUUCCUACCCUUAUAAUAAUAUUAAACCAUUUUUACUAAUGUUGUAAUUUGGAUGCACUAACCAUUUUAUUGCUAACAACUGGUUCUAGAUUGGCGUCACUAUCAGAAAGAUACAUGAACUAAAUAAGUAAAAACAAUAUAGAAAUUGCAGUGCCUUCGGAAAGUAUUCAGAUCCCUUGAGUUCUAAGGUUACAACCUUAAUCUAAAAUUGAUUAAAUCGAUUUUUCCCCCUCAUCAUUCCACACACACUACCCCAUAAUGACAUAGCAAAAACAGGUUUUUAGAAAUGUUUGCUAAUUUAUUAUUAAUAACACUGAAAUAUUACAUUUACAUAAGUAUUCAGACCCUUUACUCAGUAUUUUGUUCAAGCACCUUUGUCAGCGAUUACAGCCUUGAGUCUUCUUGGGUAUGAUGCUACAAGCUUGGCACACCUGUAUUUGAGGAGUUUCUCCUGUUCUCUGCAGAUCCUCUCAAGCUCUGUUAGGUUGGAUGGGGAUCGUUGCUGCGCUGCUACUUUCAGGUCUCUCCAGAGAUGUUUGAUCGGGUUCAAGUCCGGGCUCUGGCUGGCCCACUCAAAAACAUUCAGAGACUUGUCUUGAAGCCACUCCUGUGUUGUCUUUGCUGUGUGCUUAUGGUCGUUGUCCUGUUGGAAGGUGAACCUUCACCCCAGUCUGAGUUCCUGAGAGCUCUGGAGCAGGUUUUCAUCGAGGAUCUCUCUGUACUUUGCUCCAUUCAUCUUUCCCUCAAUCCUGACAAGUCUCCCAGUCCCACUACCAUAAAGGCUGAUUGGUUCUCCCAUCUCCAUAGAGUGACCAUCGAGUUCUUGAUCACCUUUAUAAGGGAUUUGCGUCAAAUCUGGUAUCAGGACAAAAUGUGAUUGAGUCACCGAAUAUACUUUAAGUAUUUUUAUUAAACUCAAGCGAUAAAUGGUAAAUGCAAUUUUCGUAUAUACGUGUUCUCUGUAUCACCUCGCAGGAUAGAACAGAGAACUGGCAGGAUGUAAGUAAACAGCUGUUCUUAUACGGUGAUAGACGUAGUUCCAACCCGUCUGUUGGCCUAACACAUUAGAGGCUGAGCGUGGUUUAAACUUGCUCAGCCUAUCGCCUGCGCUCAGGCUAGUCCCAGCCUCUUGGCGCUCCUUGGUGUCCGGCGCUGUUGCUGUGUAGAUUACGCUCCCACACCCCAGAGACUGAGGUCAGGCAGGUCUGCAACAUUGUUUGAGCCACUUGCACCUGCAUAGAAAGCACACUGUUCUCGCUCAAGGCUAAACACAGUUUCCCAGCACACUUAUCUGGGGCUAACUGUUACUUCCAGCACACACACACACACAGACGCCCAGGCCAACAGUUGCUAAUAUUCAAUCACGUGAUGUAGUAUUGGGUUAUAUUUGUAAUAAAUACCAUUUAAAAUAACACAAGCAUAUUGCUAUUACAUUGUUAUAACUAACUUCUUUCUCAGCAGGGUUUCUCACACACCCAGAGACAGAUGGCUGACACAGAACAUUCCUAAACACUGAUAAGAAAAGGGUGCAGACACACACACAUACUCAAGGACGGAGGGCUGACUACGCACACACAAAAUCUCCUGCUUAGCUGAACAUUUGAUAACAAAGAACUUUUGCUAUAAGACUCAGAAGGAUGACGCCCAGCUCAUCAGGACCAAUCUGAGAAGACAACAACCUGUCCAGAACCAACCAAAGGACCAGAACUUCCAGACUCAACCUACUUUCUGUGUUGUAUAAAAUGUCUAUGCAUUCUGUUAUCUGGGCUUUUUCUGGAGGUUCUCUAUGAGCCGAAGGAACGAGACCGUAUACGCUUGUACCAGAUAUCUUUACUCAUAAUUAAACUGUCGCUUGUCAUACAAUUUA